AUGAGUCGGCCUCGAUUGACAGAAAGGAACACUCAAGAGCAAGACAGACUUAGGAAGAAUAUCAUGUCUCGGCUGGUUCUGCUGCUUGCUCUGCUUCUAUUUGUGGGGGCUCAGCUCUCCUACGCGCAGCACUGGUCUCAUGGCUGGUACCCUGGAGGCAAGAGGGAUCUAGACUCCUUUGGCAUGUCAGAGAUUUCAGAGGAGAUAAAGCUAUGUGAGGCAGGGGAAUGCAGCUACUCAAGACCUCAGAGGAGGAACGUUCUGAGAAAUAUUGUUUUGGAUGCCUUGGCCAGAGAGCUCCAGAAGAGAAAGUGACAGCUUCUCUGUUUUCACCCUCUUUGCCUUGGAGAAAUCUUUUUUUUUUUUUCAUUACACGUGUCUGUACAUUUUAUUUUCAGCAAUGAUUUCUUGUUUGCCAUGGCAAUUGUUUUUGUUCAUGUGCCCUGUAAAAAAUCUUUUGAUUUUGACUUUGUUCUUCUUGUCUUUUCUUGAUUUGUUCUUCUUUGGUGUACAGAACAGGCAUAGGCUUUGUGUGGAUUUUAUGCAUUAAGUGGAAAAAUAGAAUCUCCCAAGCUGAAGAGGUAAUGAUGAAAAGGGAUAUUAACAUGGUACAAAAUGCAUUUAUUAGAUUAGGAGUGUGACUGAACAGCACACAUGUAAAGCGUGAUGAUUGAACUAGUCAUUUCAGGUUUGCUCUGAUAUGAUUACAAUGAUGGACUACUCAUCUCUUAUUAAUGUCAA